AGCCAGUUUCGGCUGUUGUCGCCGCAGCUUCAGGGGCCAUGGCCUUGGCAUUUGUGCCAACCGAGGCUUUCCGACUUUCCGCAUCGGGGAUGGGAGGUUGCGCGGAGCUCGCGGCUCCCGCGGCGCCCGCCGCGCCGCUUGCGGCAAGUUCUGGGACGUCGGCGUCGCGGCUCACUUGGUGGCAGGCGGCCGGCGCACUUUGCACGGCUUUCGCAGCGCUGGGCCAGCGCCGGCCCAAGCCGCGCGCGAGCGCGAAGGUGCCGCUGAGAGUCUACGGGUACGAAGAGGAGGACGGCCCGGACCAUUUCUUCAGGCUGCCGAACGGCUGGAAGCCCAAGGUGCGGCCGGCAUGGAAUCGGCACACCUCGCCCAGCAAGGUGAGCAUGGGCAAUUCCGUGACGUUUUUCUUCCCCAACAAGGCUAAGGCACAUCAGGACACUGAGUACCAGGGCUAUUGCAACCCCAAGAUGUACAAGAGGGUCAUGCCGGACCGGAAGUUGGCGAACCGGGCGCGGCGCACGCAGAAGCGCGCCUGGCGCAAGCUGUCCAAUAAGCUGAAGAACGAGUGGCGCUUCCGGCGCUACCCCAGGGAUGAGUCCGGCAAGGUGUCGCACGGCGUCUUCAACUCCCGGAGCCGGCCCACCUACCUGGACCUCAAGGGCGCCUCGCGCGCCAACAAGCAGUGAGACGCUGGGACGGUGGGACGCGCUCGUGCGCUCUGGUCGGCAAGAGGGCAAGAGGUGGACCAGCGAGAACCAGU